CGGCAGGGAUUGAGUGGAUUCGUGACGUGUCAGCUACGGAAGUGAAGCUGCAGAAGAACACACGCAAAAUACCAUCCUACCGGGGAAUGAUUUAAGGAUUAAAGUUAACGUAAACUGAUAUAUAUCUUCAAACAUAACGCAUUCCUAGUCGGCUCUUAUUGUCAUUGGAAAUGUUGACCAAAUUUGAGACAAAGUCGGCCCGAGUGAAAGGGUUGAGUUUCCACCCAAAGCGGCCCUGGAUUCUCGCCAGUCUUCAUAAUGGUGUCAUCCAGCUUUGGGACUAUCGCAUGUGCACUCUCAUCGACAAGUUUGACGAGCAUGAUGGUCCAGUCAGAGGGAUUGACUUCCAUAAGCAGCAGCCUCUGUUUGUGUCUGGAGGAGAUGAUUACAAGAUCAAGGUGUGGAACUACAAGCUACGUCGAUGUCUUUUCACUCUUCUUGGACAUCUUGACUACAUACGCACAACCUUCUUCCACCAUGAGUAUCCCUGGAUCCUGAGUGCCUCAGACGAUCAGACCAUCCGCAUUUGGAACUGGCAGUCCAGGACAUGUGUAUGUGUGCUGACCGGACACAAUCACUAUGUGAUGUGCGCUCAGUUCCACCCCUCUGAGGACCUGGUGGUGUCGGCCAGCCUGGAUCAGACUGUGCGCGUGUGGGAUAUUUCCGGUCUGAGAAAGAAGAACCUGUCUCCAGGUGCUGUGGACACAGAGGUGCGCGGCAUCUCUGGGGUCGACCUGUUUGGGGCCUCUGAUGCAGUAGUGAAACAUGUUCUGGAGGGUCAUGAUAGAGGAGUAAACUGGGCAGCCUUCCAUCCCAGCAUGCCUCUCAUUGUAUCAGGAGCAGAUGACCGUCAAGUCAAGAUCUGGAGGAUGAACGAGUCAAAAGCUUGGGAGUUGGACACCUGCAGGGGGCACUACAACAAUGUGUCAUGUGCUGUGUUCCACCCUCGUCAGGAACUUAUCCUGUCCAACUCUGAGGACAAGAGCAUCCGCGUGUGGGACAUGUCCAAGAGGACAGGUGUCCAAACAUUCCGCAGAGACCACGACCGUUUCUGGGUGCUGGGAGCUCAUCCCAAUCUCAACCUGUUUGCUGCUGGUCAUGACAGUGGGAUGCUAGUGUUUAAGCUAGAACGGGAGCGUCCAGCCUAUGCCGUGUACGGUAACAUGCUGUACUAUGUAAAAGAUCGUUUCCUGCGUCAGCUUGAUUUCAAUAGCAGUAAGGAUACGGCCGUCAUGCAGCUCCGCAGUGGAUCAAAAUUCCCAGUGUUCAGCAUGUCCUACAAUCCUGCAGAAAAUGCUGUGCUGUUGUGCACUAGAGCAACUAACCUGGAAAACAGCACAUACGACCUGUACUCCAUUCCCAGAGAGAGUGACACACAGAAUCCUGAUGCUCCUGAGGGGAAGCGCUCCUCUGGCCUGACUGCAGUUUGGGUUGCCAGGAACCGGUUCGCCGUGCUUGAUCGCAUGCACUCACUGCUGAUAAAGAACCUGAAGAACGAGAUUGUGAAGAAGGUACAGGUACCGAGUUGUGAGGAGAUCUUCUACGCUGGAACAGGAUCCUUGUUGCUGCGGGAUGCUGAAGGAGUCACUCUAUUUGACGUGCAGCAGAAGCGCUCCCUCGCCACAGUUAAAAUUGCUAAAGUCAAAUAUGUGGUGUGGAGCACUGAUGCCAACCAUGUGGCUCUGCUGGCCAAACACGCCAUCAUGAUCUGCAACAAGAAGUUGGAAAGCCUAUGCAACAUCCAUGAGAACAUUAGAGUGAAGAGCGGUGCCUGGGCCGAGAAUGAAGUCUUCAUCUACACCACCUCCAACCACAUCAAAUAUGCUCUCACCUCCGGUGAUCAUGGUAUAAUCCGUACAUUGGAUCUACCAAUCUACGUGACAAGAGUUAGGGGCAACAGUGUCUACUGUCUGGAUCGUGAUUGCAGACCACGAGUGCUCAACAUUGACCCCACAGAGUACAAAUUCAAACUGGCUCUGGUCAAUCGCAAAUACGAAGAGGUUCUUCAUAUGGUGCGUAAUGCUAAACUGGUAGGCCAGUCCAUCAUUGCCUACCUGCAGAAGAAGGGUUAUCCAGAGGUUGCACUACACUUCGUAAAGGAUGAGAAGACUCGCUUUAGUUUGGCCUUGGAGUGUGGAAACAUUGAGGUGGCACUGGAGGCUGCUAAAGCCCUGGAUGAACGUAGCUGUUGGGAGCGUCUCGGCGAGGCUGCUCUUCUACAGGGUCAUCACCAGGUUGUGGAGAUGUGCUACCAGAGAACCAAGAACUUCGACAAGCUCACCUUCUUGUACCUCAUUACUGGCAACCUGGCCAAGCUGAGGAAGAUGAUGAAGAUUGCUGAGAUAAGGAAGGACAUGAGUGGGCACUAUCAGGGCGCGCUCUAUCUGGGUGAUGUCAGUGAGCGUGUGCGAAUCCUGAAGAAUUGUGGACAGAAGUCUUUGGCUUACCUGACUGCUGCCACUCAUGGGAUGGAUGAGGAGGCUGAGGCCCUUAAAGAGACAUUUGACCUGGAGAAAGAAAUGGUGCCAGAGGUGGAUCCCAACGCUCAGCUGUUGCAACCACCACCUCCCAUCAACCCCCUGGACACUAACUGGCCUCUGCUCACUGUCUCUAAGGGCUUCUUUGAGGGAGCCAUUGCUGCCAAAGGACGAGCAGGACAGAUGGUUGCUGACCUGGAUAUGGAUGCUCCAGGAGGAGAAGGCUGGGGAGAGGAUGCAGAACUUCAUCUGGAUGAAGAUGGAUUCAUGGAUGCUCAAGAGGGAUUGGGAGAUGAGGGAGCUAUCGGGAAAGAGGAAGGUGGAGGCUGGGAAGUUGAGGAAGAUCUGGACCUCCCUCCAGAACUGGAUGUACCUGCUGUUGGUGGAGGUGGCGCAGAGGGAGAAGGUUUCUUUGUGCCACCUACUAAGGGCACAAGUCCCACCCAAAUGUGGUGCAACAACUCUCAGCUGGCUGUGGAUCACAUGCUAGCUGGAUCCUUUGAAACAGCUAUGAGGUUACUACACGACCAGGUCGGUGUGGUUCAGUUUGGGCCCUAUAAGCAUCUCUUCAUGCAGACUCUGUCUCGAGGCCGCACCUGUUACCUGGGCCUCCCGUCUCUGCCGUGCCUGCACAGUUACCCUCAGAGGAAUUGGAAGGACAGUGGGGCUAAAGGGGGCCUGCCUGCUGUGGGCUUGCGUCUCUCUGACCUCAUUUCACGUCUGCAGCAGUGCUAUCAGCUGACCACAGCAGGACGUUUUGAGGAAGCUGUUGAACGUUUCAGAGUCAUUCUGCUAUCUGUACCGCUGCUUGUUGUCGAUAACAAACAAGAGAUCGCAGAGGCACAGCAGCUGAUCACUAUCUGUAAAGAGUAUAUUGUUGGCCUCACCAUGGAGACAGAGAGGAAGAAACUUCCUAAAGACUCACUAGAUCAACAGAAGAGGCUGUGUGAGAUGGCAGCAUAUUUCACACACUGCAGUCUGCAGCCUGUCCACAUGGUAUUAGUAUUGAGAACAGCACUCAAUCUUUUUUUUAAACUCCGUAACUUCAAAACAGCUGCAGGAUUUGCUCGCCGUCUACUCGAGCUGGGCCCCAAACCAGAAGUGGCACAACAGACACGAAAGAUUCUUGCAGCAUGUGAAAAGAACUUGACAGAUGCUCAUCAACUGAACUACGACCCUCACAAUCCCUUUGACAUCUGCGCAGCCUCCUACACUCCCCUGUACCGUGGGCGACCAGUAGAGAAGUGUCCCCUGUCUGGAGCCUGCUACUGUCCCAAAUACAAAGGAGAGGUCUGCAGGGUCACACAGGUAACUGAGAUCGGUAAAGAUGUGAUUGGAUUGCGUGUCAGUCCACUGCAGUUCCGAUGAGCGAAUUGAAUGAAACAUUAAACAACAUGAAUGAAAAGUGGAUAUGCUUCUCUCCUACACACUUCUAUUUUCCUUCAUAACAUGAAGUAAUUUUCAUGUGAUCAGAGCUAAAGAAAAUGAGAAAAUACCUUCUUACAUAACUAUUCUGUCUGUGACUGUCCUUUGCAUUAUUAUAUAUGAGGUCUCAAUAAUAUCUUUAUGCUCAACUUACAGAGGGUUUAUUCCCCUUCUUUAAUCUUACAUCUCUGACACUGUUAUAACUGCAUUCAUGCCUUAUAAGCAUAUUGCAACAAGCUUUCCUUUCCUGUCAAACUCUUGAAAUAUUGAAAUAAAAUGAUGGUAAAUUAA